UAAGUAGGUGAAUCAUUGAUAUUUGAGCUUAAAAAACUGAGAUGUCUAGUUAUGUAAUAUUCAUAAACAUCUGUGUGGAAGUCACUAAAUCUUGAAGACAUCAAUGAAUCUCUCCAUGAUUUGUAAUUCCAUUUAAACAUCUUUAUUAUAUUCAUUGAAACAUCUCCUUGUGUGGUUGAAUGGCAGUCUUGAUAUUCUUGAAUUUCUCUUCAUGUAUCAUUUCUUACUGAGAAUGUUCUGAUGCAGUGGCCGGUGUAUAUCUCGCUGAGAGGCUUAACACUGUUCUGAGGAUGAAUUGGAAAAGCUUCUCUAGUUAAAACUAUUUUGAUCUAAAUGGAUUAUUCAUGUCAGUUCUUUGGUCGGAGCCCCUUCUCGUCAUUGCUAUGAUAAUUCUGGCGAGUUUGAAUGGUUCUGGAGCUGUGGCUUCAUCAGUUCCCAAUUCAUCAGCUUUCUUUGGAAGCAGCUUAAAGAAGGUUCAUCAAGAAUCCCCAACAUCAGCAAGGUUUCCACCGGAAGCUUUAAGAUUGUGGCGAUCGAUGAGGACAAGCAGACAGAUAAGGACAGAUGCAAAGGGUUGGCCUAUGAUAUCUCAAAUGACCAGCAAGAUAUCACAAGAAGGAAGGGUAUUUUGUAGUUUUUAAAGGAAGUAGAUAAUGUAAUAGUUGUUGGAAUUGUAAUGCAUGUAUUACAAAUUCAUGGGUAGCUGUUCUCACUUUGACUUUUUGUUAGAGC